GUCAAACGCUUAAGAUAUUUAUUUAAGUUUACUCUGCGUCGAGAACAGAAAAUUUACAUUAAUUCCGCCAAAAAUAUUAAAAAAAUAAUUGUUAUUAACCAAGUGUGAAAAUUAAUUAGUAACUAUAACAAACUGCGAAAAUAUGAGCAGCAACAGCGGCAACAUUACGAAUGGUGGUGUUGCCCCACCUCAGGAGAAACGUGAUUUACUUGCUCUUCUGAAGUUAAUAAAGAAAUACAAUCUCAAGCAAACUGAGGAGCUCCUCUGCCGUGAGGCUAAUAUCACUAACAAGGAGCUUGAGGAGGUGAAUGAUAUUGAAAUAAAUACACUAUUAACAUCAGCUCUAGGUGAGGGACAAGAUCACCAAAAUGGGUUGGCGGUUGGUGGCACCGGUGGUUCGGGCAAUGACCCGGAAAUAUAUGAAGCGGCGUACGCUGAUCUCCGUAAUUUUGUUGAAGAGUCCCUAGAUAUAUAUAAACAUGAGUUAUCUAUGGUAUUGUAUCCUAUAGUCGUUCAAAUAUAUUUUAAACUUAUUAAUGGCGGAUUCUCGGAGCCAGCUAGAAAAUUUGUAGAAAAAUAUGGACCGGACUUGGAUCAUUACUAUCGUGAUGAUUUACAGAAUCUGCUCAUGAUAACAAAACGGUCUGAUCUGGAAAAUAAUGAUUUUGUUUCCGCUAUGGAGCAAGACAAAUUCGUUAUUCGCAUGUCGCGUGAUUCUCACUCGUUGUUUAAACGGCAUAUACAAGAUCGUAAACAAGAGGUGAUAGCAGAUAUAGUUGCUAAAUAUUUGCAUUUCGACACGUAUGAAGGAACUGCCCGGAGUAAAGCUCAAUGCGACGUAAGCUCUGGUUCUCUGAUUGGUGAGGCAAAGCGAGGGGAUAAUAAAAUUCGCGUUUACUAUGGUCUUUUAAAGGAAGUCGAUUAUCAAACGCUGACUACUCCUGCACCAGCACUGGUGGAGGAGGAAGACGAUAAUGAUCCUGAUGCCCCGGAUAAACCAAAAAAGAAAAAACCAAAGAAAGAUCCGCUGUUUUCAAAAAAGUCAAAAUCAGACCCUAAUGCACCUGCCAGUGAUCGUAUACCGCUUCCCGAAAUGAAGGAUGCUGAUAAAAUGGAAAAGGUAAAAGCUUUAAGAGAAUCUUCUAAGCGCGUACCACUUAAUAAGGAUUCACUACCGUCAGUAUGUUUCUAUACAAUACUGAACUCACACAACACCGUUACUUGCGCUGAAAUUUCGGAAGAUUCUACGAUGAUGGCAGUAGGUUUUACCGAUUCCAGCAUUAAAGUAUGGUCACUUACUCCAGCAAAAUUGCGAGAAAUGAAAAGUGCUGAAUUACUUAAAGACAUCGACAAAGAUGCCGAGGAUAUUAACACUCGCAUGAUGGAUGAUCGCACAGGAGAAUCUUCACGAACAUUCUAUGGACACAGCGGUCCCGUCUACCGUUGUGCUUUUGCUCCAGAAAAAAAUCUUUUACUGUCUUGCUCCGAAGAUACUACAAUACGAUUAUGGUCUUUCCACACGUGGACUUGUAUAGUAGUAUACAAAGGUCAUCUGUUUCCAGUAUGGGAUGUUCGCUUCUCUCCACAUGGUUAUUAUUUUGCUUCAUGUUCAUAUGAUAAAACCGCACGCCUUUGGACGACGGACUCAAAUCAGCCACUACGUAUAUUUUGUGGUCAUUUGUCUGACGUUGAUUGUGUUCAAUUUCAUCCGAAUUCUAAUUAUAUUGCCAGCGGGUCGAGCGACCGAACCGUGAGAUUAUGGGAUGUUUUGAACGGGCAGCUGGUGCGUCAAAUGUGCGGACAUAAGGGUCCCAUUUAUUCCUUGGCAUUCUCGACAUGCGGUAGAUAUUUAGCCUCUGGCUCCUCGGAUCACACAGUACUUGUAUGGGAUCUAUCACAUGGGCAACUUGUUGCGUCACUGUUGCGACAUACAGGAUCUAUACACACAAUGUCAUUUAGCCGAGAUGGAAACGUUCUUGCCGUCGGCGGGUUAGAUUGCGUACUGACUCUGUGGGAUUUCUCAAAACUAACUGAGGAGUAUUUAUCACAGAGCGGCGGAUCUUCACACAAUCCUGAUCUUAACGAUAGUGAAACGUAUUUACUGCGAUCUUAUCCCACAAAAUCCACACCCUUUCUGGCAUUACAUUUUACACGUCGCAAUUUGCUACUAGCAGUAGGAAUGUUCAAGUCGUCCUAAAAACAGCAGCAAAGUGCAAUUUUAGUUUAAAUAAAAAUAGUUUAAGGUAUUCAAAAUAUUAUGUAAUUGUAAUUAAUAUAUUAAGUAUUCUUUUAAAAUGUUUAAUAAAUCGGAACGAACUUUUGAGAAAAAUUCUAA